GCGCAUGCAGUAUUAUUGCCGACUGAUACCAUGUUGUACAACAUGACAUGCAAACUCAUUACUCGCUGCGAUCUCAAAAACCAUAUCACAAUCACUGAUCAAAAACAGCAGACACGUGGUUUAUUGAUGUUUAUCGCACAUUCUAUAUAAGGUUUGAUACAGGUAAAAUGACACUAUAUUUUCUGAACCUAGAUAACUUAUUGGUUGGUCAAAGAAUGAAGUGUGAGUACAUAGCGGUGGAAAUAUCAUAUUUCAUAGUAACGUUAUUUGGAACUACUAAGGGAGGUAUAAAUGAUGAUUUGGUGGAGGGGGGAACAACGGCUGAAAAUGAAUGUUACAAUGCAGAAUUUUCAGACGAUGUCUGGUCCUGUGCCGAUUUUGACAAUAAGGUCAUGAAAUGCAACCCUCUCGAGCUUGGUAUAGUGGAAGGAAAGGACGGAGAAUUGGGCUUGCAAGGAGUGAUUGAAGUUUAUUCCGACAUUAAAGAAGGAACAAUGAUGAACGUAGAAAUAUGGAAAAUCUUGGAUAUUGGAAAGGAAUACCUAUACCAUACUCAAGGUGACAUAUGUAGCAGUUUAACAGACCCAAACACACCGUGGUUUCCUAUGGUUGAUGCAAUGAAGAUAAAAGAAUGCCCCAUAGCAGCGAAAAAAUAUGAAGUAAAAAAUAUGGUAAUCAAUUUGGAGCAAACGAAGGAAAUGUUGAAUCACGAGGUGUGCGGCUCGUAUAUUAUGCGAUUGUCGAUGUCUAAUAUGGAACUGGAGAAGAUAACUUGUCACGAGCUAGGGAUUGAUCUGAGUGCAUACAGUUAUUUUCUGAACCUAGAUAACUUAUUAGUUGGUCAAAGAAUGAAGUGUGAGAACAUUGCGGUGGCAAUAUUAUAUUUUUUCGUAAUAUUAUUUGGAACUACUAAGGGAGAUGAAUGUUACGAUGCAGAAUUUUCAGAGGAUGUCUGGCCCUGUGCCGAUUUUGACAAUAAGGUCAUGAAAUGCGCCCCUCUCGAGCUUGGUAUGGUGCAAGGAAAUGGCGGGGUAUUGGGCUUGCAAGGAAUGAUUGCACUGGAUUCCGAAAUUGAGGAAGGAACAAUGAUGAACGUCGAGAUAUGGAAAGUCUUGGAUAUUGGAAAGGAAUAUUUAUACCAUGCUCAAGGUGACAUAUGUGCCAGUUUAUCAGACCCGAACACACCGUGGUUUCCUAUGGUGGAUGCAAUGAAGAUAAAUAAAUGCCCCAUAGCAGUGAAUAAAUAUGAAGUAAAAGAUAUGGUAAUCAAUUUGCGGCACACGAAGAAAAUGUUGAACCACGAGAUGUGCGGCUCGUACGUUGUGCAAAUGUGGAUGUCUAAAGAUCUGGAGAAGAUAUCUUGUUACGAGAUGGGGGUAGAUGUGAGUGCAUUCAGUUGCAAUAAAACUGAAAACUAAAAUUGGAAAA